UGUAUUCUAUUUGGCCAUUUUUGUUACACUUUCUUGAAAGCACAUCCGCACAUUGCAAAGUUUAUUGUUACAAAUCUGGUAAGUUAAAAUUCGGGCACACUGUAUAUAAUUAUAAAAUUCAGGCGAUUUUUUUGCCCCCCAAACGAAGUUGCGCCCGUACGCCUAUGUUUAUCAAAACACAUUUGCGCACAAAGGUGAAAGUUAUACCAGGCCACGCUAUUUUAAUGCUUGCUAUCUGUAAAGUAAUCUGCAAAUUCUGAAAGACAAAUCUGUUCAUGUGCACGUCGUACACAUCAAGUCUAACUCUCAUUGCAUGGUCACAUGUCGGUGAAAACGCUUUGUAGCGCUUUUAUUUAAAUAUUUUAGUUGGAAAAAUACAAACAUAAUCCAUAUUAAUCUUGCAAUUAUUAAAAAUGCUAGUUUUUUAGGCCCCCUUGUAUGAUCAGAAGAUUUAUACCGCGGAUUCGAAAAAAAACAGCGUCCUAUAUCUAAUCCACUUUAUUCUUAUAGCAAAUAAGCUGCAACAAAAUCAAAUGAAUUAAAUUGAAAUCACAGUUAGAUUUGUUCAAUUGGAGUGGUUCAAAAUUGCGAAUUGAAAAUCCUGCGUGCUUGAACAAUAGUGUAUAUAGUUUCUUAUAUAGAAAAUUCAGAAGUUACUUUUUGUAGAAAUUAUACAUCCAAUACGCUGAGUAUGAUAAAAUGUACCGGACGAAUUCGAGCAUAGUCCAAAAUUCGUUCGGUCCCGUGUGAACGUAGCCUAUAUAAAACAGUUAUGUAUGUCCAUAAAGGCGAAUUUCCCUUCUUCGAUCGCUUUCUUUUAGAUCAUGAAAUGUGUUGAGUCGAGCUAGCUCAUCUAAUAGCAUGAAUGGGAUCAGUUCGGUUCAUUGUCUGUAUUUCAAAGGUAAGCGAUCGCAAAGAGUCGAUCGCGCGACAUUUUUCACUGAAUGGAAAUCGGCAUUUAUUGUGAUAGUACUACGUUGAGUUACCAAACGGGCAAGCUAAAAAAUAGCUUGACCAAGAUUGGAAAUCAAAACCGCGACUUUCGGUUUGCUAACCCAAUAAGCGCUAUUCCUCUGAGGCAUUAGGUCAGGCCGUUUAAUUAAAUUAGUUACAGGAGCAUUGCAUAUCGGACUUCGGAUUCCCAACGUGGUGAAGCUAACUUUUUGCCGUGCUCAGUUGUAUUACUCAGAGUAGCUUGGGAUCAGCCUAGUAUCCUAUUACAAUACCAAUUCACACGAGUCUUACACACGCAAUUACUGUAAUUAUUUCAUUGCCAAUCACAUGCACACUUUUCAGUCAAUUUAUCAGAACACAUUCGCGUACAAAGAUGAAAGGUAUACCAGGCCACGCUAUUUUAAUGCUUGCUAUCUGUAAAGUAAUCUGCAAAUUCCGAAAGACAAAUCUGAUCAUGUGCACGUCGUACAAAAAUAAAAACAUAAUCAAUAGUAAUCUGGCAAUUAUUGAAAAUGCUAGUUUUUAGGCCCCCUUGUAUGAUCAGAAGAUUUAUACCGCGGAUUUAGAAAACUAAAAGCGUCCUGUAAGUAAUCCACUUUAUUCUUAAACACUUAGUUCUCCAGGUAUUUUUAAUCGCUCCCUAUUGUGUAUUCAACAGUACGUGACCUAGCCUCAAUUUUAAAUUUUUGUCGUUAUCAACUUCUUUAGAAAUUCAUUGUUUAAUUUAAACCGAUUGGAAAACAAACAUUGGCAUAGUGGGAGUAAAUAUCAGACAAGCUGGCUAGGCUAGGACCUGAAGAACUUCCAAACAACGAAUUAAAAUAUGAAGCUGUUUUUGGCUUACUUGGUUGUAUUGUUCGCAUUGGCCUUUGCUGAUAAGUUGGAACUCAAACGGACUGCUGAGUCGGAUGACAAGAACCGCUUUGAAGCUAAGGGCUUGGUGAGCAGCGAUGAGAUAAAAAAACGCGGUUACAUCUGUGCGACUUCAUGUGAAAGUGGGCAAGUUACGUCAAAAUAUUGUACCACCGCUGCAAAGUAUUGUUUCGGCAACGGACAGGUUGUUGAUGUCAGAUUCGGUACUGCAUUUAAAGCACCACCAAAGGUGACUGUUGGCCUUACCCGUAUCGACACACACAAAGAUCAGAAUGUUCGUGUACAUGUUCAAGUGGAAAGCAUAACAACUUCUGGAUUCAACAUAAGAUUCAAGCCAUGGGAUUAUUCUAUUACCUAUCAACUAGGCAUCAACUGGAUGGCCUGUCCUUGAAGACGAUCAAAAGCAAGCUGCAUGCAUUAGUUAAUCAACAAGGAAAUUUAGUUUAGACUUUAAGGAAUCAAGGCAUUUUGUGUUUAUGUAUUUUUCGAGUGUAAUUUGCAACGUUUAUGGCGAAUAAA